CCAAUGGGCGGGCGCGCCGGCAGCAGAGCGGCGGCGGCGCACGUAGCUUCCCCAAGAUGGCGGCCUCUCCGGACCGAGCUGCGAGGGCGGCUGCGGGGCUGCGGGCCGCGGGCGGCCGCUGAGGGCGGCGGCAGGGAGCUGGCGGCGCUCGCCUCGCCUCCCCGCAGCCUGGGGGGGAGUCUUCCGCGCGGCCGCGAGGCUUCGCCAUGCUGCGGGGCUAGAGCCGCGGGGACUCCGCAGCGGGGUAAUAAUGUUAGCAGAGACCAGUCUUUCCAUAUGGGGAUGGGGAAGUCUUGGCAUUGUGCUUUUUCUAAUAACUUUUGGACCCUUCGCUAUAUUUUACUUUGCGUUUUAUAUCCUCUGCUUUGUGGGUGGGGGUUUUGUGGUUACUCUUUUAUUUGGAAAAAACAACUCAGAAAAAUACCUUGAGCAGUGUGAACAUUCAUUUCUUCCUUGUACGUCUGUUGGGAUCCCUAAGUGCAUAGAAGAAAUGAAAUGCGAAGCCAGACCUAUUAAGAUUGACAGAAGACUGACAGGUGCAAAUAUAAUUGAUGAACCUUUGCAACAGGUAAUCCAGUUUUCUCUGAGAGACUAUGUGCAGUAUUGGUAUUAUACACUAAGUGAUGAUGAAUCAUUUCUUCUGGAAAUCAGGAAGGCUCUUCAAUAUGCACUUGUUCAAUUUUCUGCCAGGUCAAAGGAAACAGACUGGCAGCCUUAUUUCACUACACGACUUGUUGAUGACUUUGGCACUCAUCUUCGAGUUUUCAGAAAAGCUCAACAAAGAAUAGCAGAGAAAGGUGAUCAGAUGAAAGACCAAGCUGAGGAACUUGUAGAUACAUUCUUUGAGGUUGAAGUUGAAAUGGAAAAAGAAGUCUGUCGUGACCUAGUCUGUACUUCUCCCAAAGAUGAAGAAGGAUUCCUAAGGGAUCUUUGUGAGGUUUUACUGUAUAUAUUGCUACCUCCUGGAGACUUCCAGAACAAGAUCAUGCGAUACUUUGUCAGGGAAAUCCUCUCCCGAGGAAUUCUUCUUCCAUUAAUAAACCAGCUCAGUGAUCCUGAUUAUAUUAAUCAGUAUGUCAUAUGGACGAUCCGUGAUUCCAACUGUAACUAUGAGGCCUUUAUGAAUAUUAUUAAAUUAAGUGACAAUAUAGGCGAGUUGGAAGCAGUGAAAGAUAAAGCAAGUGAAGAACUGCAAUAUCUUCGAUCUCUAGAUACAGCAGGAGAUGAUAUCAACACUAUAAAAAAUCAAAUAAACAGUUUAUUAUAUGUUGUUAAAGUAUGUGAUUCAAGAAUACAGAGGUUGCAGUCAGGAAAAGAAAUAGAUACUGUGAAACUGGCAGCAAACUUUGGAAAACUUUGCACAGUCCCUCUGGACCAUAUUCUGGUAGACAAUGUUGCACUACAAUUUUUUAUGGAUUACAUGCAGCAGACUGGUGGCCAAGCACAUCUGUUUUUCUGGAUGACAGUGGAAGGAUACAGGGUUACAGCACAGCAGCAGCUGGAGGUAUUGCAAAGCCGGCAAAAAGACGGAAAGCACCAGACUAAUCAAACCAAAGGUCUAUUAAGAGCAGCCGCAGUUGGAGUUUAUGAGCAAUAUUUAUCAGAGAAGGCAUCUCCGAGAGUUAAUAUUGAUGACAACUUAGUAGCAAAACUGGCAGAAACACUGAACCAUGAGGAUCCAACACCCGAAAUCUUUGAUGACAUUCAGAGAAAGGUAUACGACUUGAUGCUGCGAGACGAAAGAUUCUACCCUUCAUUCAAACAGAAUGUAUUGUAUGUGCGUAUGUUAGCUGAGCUGGAUAUGCUGAAGGAUCCUAGUUUCAGAGGAUCAGAUGAUGGUGAAGGAGAAUCCUUUAAUGGGUCUCCUACUGGCAGCAUAAAUCUGUCCUUAGAUGACCUCUCAAAUGUCACUUCGGAUGAGACAGUUCAACUCCAUGCAUACAUCUCAGAUACUGUCUAUGCUGACUAUGACCCAUAUGCUGUGGCAGGAGUAUGUAAUGACCAUGGCAAGACAUACGCGCUGUAUGCUAUCACGGUCCAUCGGCGAAAUGCAAGCAGUGAAGAGACAUGGAAGACAUACCGGCGCUACAGUGACUUCCAUGACUUUCACAUGAGGAUCACUGAACAGUUUGAAAAUCUUGCAAAUAUACUGAAACUUCCUGGCAAAAAGACAUUUAACAACAUGGACAGAGAGUUCUUGGAAAAGAGGAAAAAAGACUUAAAUGCAUAUUUACAGCUUUUGUUAAAUCCUGAAAUGAUGAAAGCUUCUCCAGCUUUAGCCCAUUAUGUGUAUGACUUCCUGGAGAAUAAAGCCUACAGCAAAGGGAAAGGAGAUUUUGCACGGAAGAUGGACACAUUUGUAAACCCACUGCGUAAUUCUAUGAGAAAUGUAUCAAAUGCAGUCAAGUCUCUCCCUGACAGCCUGGCAGAGGGAAUGACUAAAAUGUCAGACAACAUGGGUAAAAUGUCAGAAAGAUUGGGACAAGACAUAAAGCAAUCAUUUUUCAAGGUGCCUCCUCUGAUCCAGAAAACCUAUUCAGAUCCUGAACAUUGCCGUGUUGCAGCACCAAUUGAUGACAACGUGGAUGACAAUAUUCCACUGAGAGUAAUGCUGCUCCUUAUGGAUGAAGUCUUUGAUUUAAAGGAAAGAAAUCAGUGGUUAAGAAGAAAUAUAAAAAAUCUGCUUCAGCAACUUAUUAGGGCAACAUACGGUGACACAAUUAAUAGAAAAAUAGUUGAUCAUGUUGACUGGAUGACAUCUCCUGAACAAGUAGCAGAUGCAGUGAAGCGCUUCAGAGAUGCUUUUUGGCCCAAUGGCAUUUUAGCAGAGACUGUUCCACGGAGAGACAAAGCUAUUAGAAUGCGAACAAGAGUAGCAGGGAAAACUAAGUUACUGGAGGUAAUGCCAGAUGAACUGAAGCACAUCAUAGGUGCUGAGACGACACGAAAAGGCAUUCUUCGGGUCUUUGAAAUGUUCCAGCACAGUCAACUGAACAAGAGAAUGGUUUAUGUGUUUCUGGAGAGAUUCCUAGAAACCUUAUUUCCACAAAACAAGUUUCAUGAGCUCUUCAACAAACUGCAUUCACGGUCAAAGCAGAUGCAGAGGUAUAAGCAGAGACUACAUUCUACUCAAGCGCCUUCCUUACAGAAGAGGUGACACUCCAAACCUAUUAAGCUGGUGUAUGUUUGUCCUGGACUAAUUACUUGGGCAGAUGCUCUGGGGCUUCAAACUCACAUGCUGUUAUUUCUGCACCAGUCUCUUAGUGUCACAUAUUAGAUUAUUAAUGCAUCUGUAAGACCUGUGGAUCUUCUCAUCUUCACCUGUAAUUCAACCACUACCACAAGGGUUUGUGUGUCUUAAAUGAUUUGGUGCAUCUUUAUGAAACAUUGAGAAGAAUACUGGUCCAUUAUGUAAGAAUGUUGGUUCCUUCUGCUCCUGAGUCGAUGUUUUGCCAGCAACGAAAAGUGCCAGACUGUUUGAGUAAAGCACAACUGCAGUGAAUAUAAUGGAGGAAAAGGAUGUUUUGGCACUGGGAGAUAGUGCAAUGUGUGAGAAUUAGGUGGGGUUGUUCUACAUUAUGACUGUUGAGGUUCUGUACGUCUUAUUUAACAUUCCUUUAAAGGCUGCGCUAACAGGAAAAGCAGUCUCUGGAAUAGCAGAUUCGGGGGAAGGGGAGGUAUAGGAUACCUUCCAUCACAAAAGUACAUUUAUUAAAGAAAGGUUGAGAUAAUGUGGCUUUUAUAUCACAUUAACUUCACCUUUUGUAUUUUGAAAAAUAAACUAACAUUAGAUCUUUUGGGAGUUUUAGUAAUGAAAGGCAGAGAUGCAGUAAAAAUCUUUAUUUUGAUUAUUCUGUAGCUUUAAGGGCCAUAUUCUGCUCUUAUAGCACCUGACAUACAUUUUGCAUGUAACUUCAGUGGAGAAGGGGCAUCAUAGUCACGUUCAGUUGGUGUAUUUGAAGAUAUGUCAAUUUGAUCGUUGUAGAAGGAAGGGGGGGACCUGUUUCAAAGAGGAUAGACAUCACGUUAGAAGAUGAGGAAAUUGCACUAAGAAACAGUCUACACACAACUCCCUGCUAAAAUCUGAAAAUCUUUUGGGUGUAGAAGACUAUCCUACUUAAUUUAAAGAUUCCUUACCUUUUAGUGUCUAAGCCUCAUAUGGAAAAAUGUUAGAAUUAGUUGGUUCCUCGCAGAUACAAGAUUUCAUUAAAGUCAUAUGCAAACAUUUGGAAAUUCCUGAAUGCAUCUCAGUGUAUAUAUGAAAAUAAAAAGGAGAUAAAACUACAAUAUUUUUUUAAAUAAUCUUUUUUAUUUUUUGCAUAGUGUAAAAUUUUAAUAAAAUUUUGACAUCAAAGCCCCACAUCCAUCUGUUUAGUUUCAUCAGAGAAUUUAUGUCCAGUUAAGAAUAAUUAUGUCAAACUGAAUAAUCCUGUUUGGCCACAGUACAUCUCAGUUUGUGUUUUCUUUUGCAUAGUCCCCAAUUGUUUAUGAGCACUACUAUCCAAGAGAAUAGAAAGUAAUCCUAUAGAGUCCUUUUUUUUUCUCCUUCUGAAUGCUAAACAUCAUCUAAGAUUUAACUAUUGAUCAAGAAUCCUUAUAGUGAUUUUUGUCUAAAUGGGAACAAAUGAUCCUUUUACGUGAGGGAGAAAUAUAGGCCUUUUAUUUUAUGCAAGUGUUCUAAGAGGUGAAGACAGAAGGCCCUCAAAAUGGGACCUGGUUAAAUUGACUGAAUCCUAUGCAUAGAUAAUUUUUUCUCAUGGACUCUAUUCAUGCAAUGUAGCCUCUUAUACUACUUAUUGAUGAUCAUAUUGUAUUGUUAACAUUCUCAUACAGUAUGCAUGGGCUCAAGUGCACUUGUUUUUUCUUUAUCACAGAACUAAAGACUGUAAAUUAAAUCCCUGCCUUUUAUGAUUUCCAGGAAGACAAGUCGGUAAAUGUGUAAGACUCUCUGCCCCUUUCUCUCUGCAGGUUCUGUAGAAGUGUGAUGAUUAAGUGCUGUUGAAAUUAACACAUUUCUUGAGUUCCUGCAUGAAGUAACCAACAUAGCCAGUUCCUGUUGUUUACAUGCCUGUAUCUUCCUCUAAGGUCAGGGUGCUGUAGCAUACUUGACAUCUGACUGAUAAAAGAUCAUUCAGCAGCUGUUCUUGGUGAUAUAGUAAAUAUAUCAUUGAUCCUACCAAAUCUUAUUUAUGUCUUUUAAAUCACAAAAUUUGUUAUGCAAUAUGAAAAUGGAAAGUUAAAAUAUUGUUUUGUUAAAUCUGUGGAACCUCUUAUCUAUCUAUAGGUACCAUGAUAAAUUUCAAGAGAAUAGUGGUCAUGUGGAAAUUUGGUAUUUUCUUUUAGUUACCUGGUACAUUUCUGUACAAAAAUAAAAUAAUAUCUCUAGGAAUGUGAACUGAACAUAAUUCAAAAUGUUUAUUAAAGGAAUUUUACUUAAUGAAUUUAUUGCAUAUGUAUACUUAUACACACACGUAUAUACAUGUGUGUAUAUGUAUAUAUGUAUUGAAGUUCUGUAUUUCAUUACAGAACGUGGCUUCCUAAUUCGUUGGUGCCUGUUGGCAAGAACUGUCAGAAAUGAAUACUUUUUUUUGUUAAAAGUUCGUAUGUAUCUUUAUUUAAAUGGUUUACAUGUUGCCCAUUUAAAAUAUCCACCGUGUUAACCUGUGCGGUCCAUUAUCCUAUAAAGUCUCCAAAACUGAAUGUUAAUAUACAGCACUUAAACUGUCUGGAUGUAUCUUCUGGCCUUUGGGUGCUGUGACUGGCCACUGAAUAUUGCGCCAUUGUCAACAAAUGCGCUUGUUUUAGCCUUAAUUAUUUUUAGAGAAAAUGAGCAAUUGAAUAUUUCAUUUGGUUCAUCCUCAAGCUUGUGCUGCUGGUGUUUGCUAGAACUAAACAGUAAAUUUUAAGUGCUACCAGAAUGUGUACCAAAAUAAAAAAUAUAUGAAUUCCACAAUCUAAAUUUUAAUUUUGUGCAAUAUUUUCAUUUAAUGCAUGUGUAUUUGAAUAACUGUAAAAUAAACGAAUUUUUAAUGUUUUGAGAUUUAGGUUAAAAAUGUUUUCUCAGCUGAACAAUUUUGCAUUCUGUUGUUGCAUUAGUUUAUUUAAGGACUUGUUUUAAAAGUCUUAUUUGUUACUCCUUGUUAAUUCCCUUGUUCUGAAUGGUCUUUGCUCAUCUGAGCAUAGCUCAUAUAUUACAAGGGAAAAAUCUAAAGAGCACAUCUCAUGAAUAUAGCUGUUAUAAGUUACUUGUGCAUAUCAUUGUACAGUAAGUGUCAGCUGUGUGCCUAAUUGUUCUAUUGAUGCUUUUCCCCUCCCUUCCCUCUCCUUUUCUUUUCCUUAAUGAAGAAUGAACAUGAAACAGGCUGCCAUGGUCACUUCUACUGAAUGGCAGAGACUCUGAAUUUUUAUUUGGAGUUUGCAUUUAUGUUUUGUCCAAUAGAAAGCUAAAAAAAAAUACACUAAUAAAGUAUUAACAGGAUUAUUAUGAGUCUUUAACUGUUAUUCGUUUUUUAAAGUAGCUCUCACUAGCAGAUGUAUGUUCCUUAAGUCUGGGAAAAUAUCAGUACAGGUAAAUAUUGCUGUUAGUGCCAUCAGAAAAAAUCAUUCCUUGGUUUUAAACACUUUUUAGACUAGUUUUGCUUUUAACAAAUGAAUGACACCUUUUCUUUUGAGGCCAGAGUGUUCCACUUUGACAUGUGGGGAAAUAGAACUUGUUACUUGAAACAAGUUUAUAUUUAUUUUUCUUCCUGGAGUAUUACUGUAAGAAAUAGAAGACUUAAAACUUGGACUUAGAAUUUAAUUUUGACUAAAUGAGACAUUUGGCCUUGCACGAGUUUUUUCCAUUCUCUUCCACAAAUUCAGAAAACUGGUUAUUGGUAUAAUGUUAACUAGGGCUUGAUUUAGUCAUAUAAACUGAUUACUAAGUAUUAGUUACUAGGAAUAUUUUUAUUACAUUUGCAACAAUAGUUUUGAGGAAGCAAUUCUGAGGGUAGAGGAUGCAAAAAUUUUCCUUCAACAGAAAAUUUUCUAUCAGUGUUUGCAUAGUGUCUUAUAUUUUAGAAGGCUAUGUGCAGAAACUGUAGACUUCUAUGGUGUGGUUUUUUAUAAUUUUUAUUUUUUGUCUUUUUUCCCCUGGUUUUUGUUUUCUUUUCUUUUUACUUUUCUUCUCUUUUUUCUUUUUCCUUUUUUCUUUUUUUUUCCCUCCCCCAGCCACAGCUGGGUAUACCAUGGGAGCACAAUUGUUGCCCUUGGUACAUUUACUCCAGCUGUUUCACAUUGAUCAAAAAGAUGUCUUGAGUUGUAGAGAUGUUAGUUCUCUUAUUCUAGGGUAGAAUGUUUACUAUUUUCACUAACUUAAAUGCUUUUGCUACAAGAUAUAGAUACAUUUCAGGGAUUUUAUUAGUUUAUUGCAAAUUUUAUUUGUUGGGGCUGUUACACUCGUCCUGGGAUAAUUUCAUGGCAAGAAGUUUACUCCAUGAUAAAUUUGUCCAGAAGUUUUUAACAUUAUCUGCAUUCGCUGAAUGAGAAUAAUAAAUGCCUGUGACCGAACUGUCCACUCUAGCACAUUGUCUGGUUCAUGUUGUUUUUGAUGUCUAAUAAAAGAGUGGGGGUUGCUAAAGCUUUUCUAAUGUUAAGCAGCCAACAUCCAUCUACACUGACAUAUAACUCAACUAUAAACCUCAUGUUUUAGCUCUUGGAGGAAAGCAACUUAUGUAAUGAAAACAGUCCAUUUUUACUAAAUAUUUCAAAACAAAUUAAGCUUUAUUUUCAUGAAACACUUUCAUGAAACAUCUGUGCCACUGCAGUUUCCCUCCCCCGCCGUCAAUGUGUUCAAAUACUUUUGUACUGAAGUAUCUCAAAUACCUGUUUCCUAUACAGUGUCUCUUUAAAUUACUGUGGCAUGCUGAGAUUGAAAAAAUCUGCGUAAGUCAGUUUAUUUGAUACCCAAUUCAGAAAGAGCUAACUGGAAUUCUUAUUUGACAUUUUAGAAUUAGAAUAGCAAAUAAGUUAAUUCUGAGCUUAGGUUUGAGUAUUGACCUAGAUUAUACAUAAGCUAUUGACAGUCAAGAGCUACUGGGGGAAAAGAAUUUAGCUUUCGAAAACUGACUUGUUCGUAUCGUAAGUUUUAGAAAUGAGUUCUUAGCAGUCAUUUAAAUCUUUGUGUUUGGAUCACUUUCUGAAUUUUCUCAACAGGAGAUGAAAAACAUUCUAAUUCUAAAUUAAAUCAAGAAAUGCUUAUGAAAUUCUCAAUUAUUAAAAUCCUGGAAUUUUAAAUGAGAGGGAUUAAUAAGAUUGUGAGUGUUAGGAGCACUCUUUUUUUCAUUAGGAACAUGUUAAAGAAGUUUGUGCAAGUGCUUCAGUUACUUCAUUUGCAAAAUGGACAGAAAUUGAAAGAAAAUUUUCCUGGUUUUUUUUUCCACAUUAAAAUAGGCAUUCAGUAUUGAGAUAAGUACAAAGCUUCUUAGACACCUUUUUGCAGAAUUCAUCACAAACUAGCAAGCUACAGGUUUCUUUUCAGCUGAAGGUGAAGUUAGAAUUUAUGAAAGAAAACAUUUUCCUUCUAAGUUUCAAGAACUUCAUAUGAAAUGUUGCUUUAUAGUCUGUUUUAAAAUUGGUUUCACAUCUUUUCCUUUGACUGAAAAUUUCACAUAUCAAUUUUAUAUUAUCUGUGCUGAUUUAAAUCAUUAGCUUCCCAGUGUUCCCUAAAGUCAUUUUGCAGGCAAAGUAAACCAGGCCUGCUUAUACCUAAUGUAAAAGCAAAAGAGCCAUUUUGGGGAGAAAAGGGUAGGAGCUGCCUUCUCUCUUGGUUAAUCAUGUCAGCAAAGUGAAACUAAAAUGUCCUUCACUUUGGAAUUCAUCAAUUUCUGACUUUUCACAUUGCCACAUAAAGGAAACAGGCCUAAAUUCUCCUAUAUAUUGCAUAUGUAAAUAGGAACCUAAAGAUACUUUCCUUAUGUGUAGGUUGUAAGUGAUGUAGAGGCUUCCAGUGUACAGUUGUAUUAAAUGCCUUUUAAAUGUUGAAUAUUCUAACAAUUCUGCUAAUAAAUGCAAUAAAUGCAGCCUGCAAAAAUGUGGGUUUUACUGACUGUGUAGAAAAUGCUUUCUCAACUCUCUGUGAUUCUUUAGAACCAAGAUAUGGGCUCUUACUAGUAAAGGAACUUUUUGAAAUACCUGAGCAGUUAGAAAUAAUUCUGUUGACUGCUCUACUUGCUAUAGAAUCCUUCCUAGUCUUUUCUGUCAACACUACUGAUAUUACCAAGAAUGUAGUCUCUAGAAGAUGUUUUUCUUUGAGCUAUAGGAGGUGUAGCAAUAUUAGUAAAGGGCUGUUUGUUUAGAUGGACUCUUUGGGUCAACUGUACCGAGGACAGUAAAAUGCAUGGAUGGUGCUAUGCAGAGUGUUAAAUGUUAUUCUUUCCAGUUAACCCAGUAAUUAAUUAACAAUAAAUAAAUAAAAUGACUUGGGCAACCACUUGUUUUUUUUUUUUGGUUAAAUUUUUGGUAUUAUGGUAUUUUAUAUGGCAAGAUUUUUAUUAUGGCAAAGGCUGUACUAUGAUGCAAACACUAGAUGAAUCCAUUGCACGGUAAUCAUAACACGUUAUUGUAACAGAUUAAAACUAGUUUGUAUGGACUAGAGUGCAGGUGUGUACUGGACAGGAAAGCAUGCCUCAAAGUGUUUCUAAUUGUUUGGGAUGGGAGAGAGAAAAUAUUUUGUGUAUCUAAGCCACCACCAACAAAGCAAUUAAAGGGGCAUGUAAAGAGAUGUCACUGUCAAGAAUUUGAAUCUCUAAACUUGUAUGAAAACUACUUUUUUCUUUCUGUGCUAUAGCUGCCAGUAUUGGUUGAGCUCUGGUUGAAACAAUACAUAAUUUGCUAGCUCAUUAGAAUUCCAACUGGCCUUUAAAAUCUAAUUCACUACAAUUUGUAGAACUCAUACAUAAAACUGUUUUCCACAGUUAAUCUUAUAAUUGUUUGUCUUGUAAUCAAAAUGGAAUAUGUCAACUUCUCUAUACCAUAUUUAGCAUGUUGAAUUGAGACUACUGCAUAAUACUGGAAAUUGCUGUAAUACAAGUAGAAUCUGUACAAAUUGUAGCUUUUUACUGCAGUUAUACAAUUUUUUUUGCUUUGUUUUAUCUCUCAGCUAUUCUAAUUAUAAAAAUCUUAGUGGAUUGAUCUUGGACAGUUUGCAACAAAAAUGGCAUUGUAGGAGUCAGCUGUACUGCAUAUGUGUUCGUUUGACUUAAUAAAGGAGCAGUGUCGUUUCUGCCA